AUGCUGCUACUGUUGAUACCACUAAUACAACUGCUUCUGUUGCUGCUUCUGUUGCUGCUGCUGCAACUGCUACUACUUCUACUAUCACUGCUACUACUACUAAUAAUUAUUAUUAUUAAAAGCACAUGCGACGAAAACUUGGCCGAGCACCAGUUCGUGCCACACCUUGCAAAAUUCUCUCUUGAGUGCGGUCAAAAUGUAUUUCCGUUUCCGCUGCGAUGUCAAGAGACGGAGUCCUUUAUAGCUGUCCCACCACACAGUGAGAAAUCGCAGAGAAUGGAAGGUGGUGGUGUUGCAGUUGACGAGUCCUUUAUAGCUGUCCCACCACACAAUGAGAAAUCGCAGAGAAUGGAAGGUGUUGUUGUUGCAGUUGACGUUCGCAACGACACUGACAACAACAACAAAAGCAACAACAACAAAAGCAACCAUAAAAACAACAACAACAACAGUAACGACGACAAUAAUAAUAAUAAUAAUAAUAAUAAAACCGUGACUGGUAUUUAUGAUAACAUUAACAUCAGCAACACGGCAUUAUCUGAUCAGUUGAUCGUGCAACAACAACAACUACAACAGCAACAACUACAACAACAGCAGCAACAACAACUACAACAACAACAACAACAAAACGUUAUUAAAAACAUUUCAUGGUUGAAAUUAGAAAAACGCGAUCUGCUGAAUGCCCAAAAUAGCCACAUGAAUAAUGAUGGAGAAGAAGAAGAAGAUGAUGAUGAUGAUAAUGGUCUGUAUGGCUUCUACAACGACCACAACAACCGCAAUUACAUCAAAAGAUACAACAGCCACAACAGAAACCACCACCAUUUCAAUAAUUACAUUAGAAGCAGUAGCAACAACAAUUACAUCAACAACCACGGAUAUAUUAAUAGAAACAACAUUAAACAUUAUAACAGCAUCGAUAAAUCUAACAACAACAACAAAUUCUACAACAAUGAUUAUUAUAAUGAUAACAAAAACACACAACACCACAUAAACAACAACAUCAACAACAACAACAUAAACGAUGAUGACGAUAAUGACGAAGACUUAAGCUCAAUCCUAUUGGAUAAAAAAUCAAAAGAUUAUCAACAAAUGCCCUUUCUAAUGCGAUCAUCAUCAUCAUCAUCGUCGCCAACAACAUCAUCAUCAUCAUUACCGCCGAUAUCAUCAUCAGCAUCUUCGGAUGGUAAUGAUGAUGAUUUUGAAUCAUCGUACUUGAGUAUCAUUAAUAAUGUCCUCAGAGAAGAGUUGCGAAAAAAUAGACUCGAAUACCUCGUCAACAACAACAACAACAACUUUAAUAAUAAUAAUAAACAUAAUAAUAAAUAUAAAUAUGACCACAGAAACUAUUACGAUGACAAUAAUAAGCAAGAUUAUUACAUCACUACAGAGGACACCAACAAUAUCAACGACAACCUACCAAAACAAAUCAACAAACCUUUUAAUUACAUCAACAACAACAAAGAUGAUGAUGAUGAUGAUGAAGAGGGCGAUGAUGAUGAUCACGAAAGUUACUAUCACAAGAUAAUAAACUUUAAUAACCACAACAACAACAUCAACAACCAUGACGUUAACGAUUACAGCAAAAGCAACAAAUUAAAAGAGUUAUUGUUCAAAGAAUCUGAAAAAAAGAUCAUAAAUAAUGCAGCGGAACGAGACAAAGAUGAAUUUCUCAAUAAAUUACAUCACUAA